UCACUUGCGGAUUUCUUCAAAUUGUUGUAGUGUAGUAUGGUGGUUUUUCAGUAAAGACCCCGACCUAUAAAUAUUCACAGCCCGGCUCAUACGGGCGGACAAUAUUCACCCAAAGCCCCGUUGUGACCGCAAUGCUGUUCUUGAAGGACCUUACCUUAGAGCAAAAGAAGGGAAUAGAAGUUAGGAAGACUACUGACGUAGGGCGGCGGGUGAGCUCAACCUCGAACCAAACAAGCAACGGAUUGAGCAACUAGCGCGAAAGCCAUUGCGCUAACGCGCAUCCGUUUUCUUGCUCCUUAACGACCGAGGGACGAAAUCUUUCGACGACUAGGGAGGCGUCACCCGAGGCCGAUUCCUGUGGAUCACUAUAGAAUCUUCUAGAAGCAAGCUAGGCUACCUUCUGGCUAGCUCUGCCAUCUUAGAAAAAUUCCUUCACGCUUAGCUUAGUAAGCUAGCUUGGUAAGCUAAGCAAGCCUGGUUCUCCGGGCACUAUGGUAGGACGUGGAUCGAUCAUGACGAGAAUGGACUUCUCCGUCAUGUAAUGGUUUAGAAGAGUCACGGUCCAGUUCCCCGCCGGGCUUUUUCCCUUCUCGACUAGACGAAGGAGAUAUUCAUUCCAUUCAGGUAGGUGAGGAAGGGCAGCAUCGGCUUGACCCUGUCUUCUCUCUUGGUCGGGUCGGAGGCUAAGUUUCUCAUUCAGUGGUGAGGUGUUCAUAGAAAGCAAGGCCUCGCCCAACGAGUGGCGGAUUUGGUUUGGAUGGGGUCUCGCUUGGACGCUGGGGAGAUCCAUAGAUCUGGAUAGAGUCUUUCUCGCUCAGUAAAGAAGAGUACGCGCGCUACGGCUUACGCAGUGGAUCUUCGGGUAACCAACCCGGCAUAUCCAAUUCCGAUCAACAACUUGGAGGUAUGGCUGAGUGGCUUAAGGCAUUGGUUUGCUAAAUCGACAUACAAGAAGAUUGUGUCAUGGGUUCGAAUCCCAUUUCCUCCGGCACGGAAGUUGAACGGGCGGGCGAAAUUACGUGAGAGAAAGAACCUCAGAUUGAUGGAGUCCGCCGUCGGACAGAAUAGCACUACUUAGUGACUAGGAGCGGAGCGCCCCUUUCUUGUUCUUGGUGUCGUCUAUAGCGAAGAAGACCUUCCCGAACAAGGGCCGUCCAGUCCCUGGCCUGCUCUCGGUUCUUGAGCAAGCUCCUCCACUGCAGGUAGGAUGCUCAUAGAUGAAGAAAAGAGACUUUAGGCAAGUGGUUCUGGUAGCUCAGCUGGUUAGAGCAAAGUACUGAAAAUCCUUUUUUGCUUGUUUCAGUGGGAAGAGCAAGGGGCAUUGCCCUUGAAAUCCUUCAGUGGUUCGAAUCCACAUCGGAGCGUCUUUUUUUUUUCGGUAUGCCGCUCUGCAAGCAAGGAGCGCCGCGAGUAGAGUGAGAGAACGAAGUGGGCUUUGGUGAUGUCGGAAUUUGCACCUAUUUGUAUCUAUUUAGUGAUCAAUCCGCUAGUUUCUUCGAUUCCACUCGGUGUUCCUUUUCCAUUUGCUUCCAAUAGUUCGACCUAUCCAGAAAAAUUGUCGGCCUACGAAUGUGGUUCCGAUCCCUUCGGUGAUGCCAAAAGUUGUUUCGAUAUACGAAUUUAUCCGGUUCCUAUUUUAUUUAUUAUCCCUGAUCCCGAAGUCACCUUUUCUUUUCCUUGGGCAGUACCUACUAACAAGAUUGAUCUGUUUGGAUCUUGGUCCAUGAUGGCCUUUUUAUUGAUUUUGACGAUUGGAUCUCUCUAUGAAUGA